GCACCAAAAAGGCCACCAAUAAAAUUCUGCUCGGGUCGGAGUAGAAGAAUCUUUUUGAAGGAGUCUAAUUUUUAUUAACGAAAUUUAAAAUUUAUUGGUCUUUUUCGUAUGUGUUAUCUUCCAUAUAUCAAUAUAUCCUGGUGAUAAAUGAUGAAGGUGUCUGUGUUAUCAUCCCCAGGAAGGUCCCUGGUGUUUGUAUUAGCAGCAUUUUUGUCAUUUGUUCCAAAUGCUUCUAUCGGCGUUGUGUUUGCUUAUACAAGAGAAGACUUCCCUUCUGAUUUUAUCUUCGGCUCCGCCACCUCUGCUAAUCAGGUAGAAGGAGCAACAUUUGAGGAUGGAAGAACUGCUAGUCUAUUUGACACUUACUUUCAUGAUGGUGCGGAUAGUGGAUACACAAUGGAUGCCAUGUGUGAUCAAUAUCAUAAAUACAAGGAUGAUGUUCAACUAAUGGUACGAACAGGAUUAGAUGCAUAUAGAUUCUCAAUCUCAUGGUCAAGGCUGAUCCCAUAUGGAAGAGGACCCAUUAAUCCAAAAGGUGUUGAAUAUUACAAUAAUCUUAUCAACGAAUUAAUCAAAUAUGGAAUUCAACCUCACGUAACAUUGCUACAUUUUGAUCUCCCACUACAACUUGAGGAGAAUUACACUUCACAAGGAUGGCAAGACCAACAAUUUGUGGAAGACUUCACCAAAUAUGCAGAUGUGUGCUUUGAAUUGUUUGGAGAUAGAGUUUUACAUUGGACAACAAUCAAUGAGCCUAAUUGCUAUUCUUUUGUUUUAAAUGCAAAAACACCAAAAGUUAUUAAUGUAGCUCACAAACUAUUGAUAGGGCAUGCAUCAGUGGCCAAUCUAUACAGAGAAAAGUACAAGGCAACUCAACAUGGAUUUGUGGGUCUGAAUAUUUGUGCAAACUGGUGUCUUCCCGAAGGAGAUGAUGAAGAAGAUUUGAUAGCUACUCAAAGAGUCAACAAGUUGAUUGGUUGGUUUAUUGAUCCCUUACUGUUUGGAGAUUAUUCUGAUUUUAUGAAGCACUUGUUGGGGAAUGAACUUCCAUUAAUCACGAAGCAAGAAUCUGAGUUACUAAUUAAAGGUUCAUUUGACUUUAUUGGUCUAAAUAUCUACAAAGCUAUAGCAAUCAAACAUAAUCCAACCAAAGGGAAUUUGGCAGCUACUUGUAGCAGUAAGAAUGUUGGAGGAAAGUUUAUCCAAGGUGUGCUCGCAUAUUUUAAGCAGGUUUAUGGCAAUCCUCCCAUCUACAUACAUGAAACUGGUUUGAGGACAUUUCACAAUACGUCUCUAAAGGACUCAUCAAGAGUUGAUUAUCUAAGUGCUUGCAUAGAAAGCUUAUAUGAGGCUCUAAGGAAUGGAUCAAACGUGAAGGGCUUUUUUCAAUGGUCGUUCUUUGAUUUGUAUGAGUUAUUAGGAGGAGGCUAUACCUAUAGCUUUGGCCUCUAUUAUGUAGAUUUUGAUGACCAAGAUCGGAAAAGAUACCCCAAGUCCUCGGCACAAUGGUACUCUACAUUUUUAAAAGGAAAUGUGACAUUAAAUCCCUUAGACUUGAAGGGCAUUUCAAAUUUGGAGUUAUCAAGGAAAGAAAGACAUUUGUCACAAGUAAAUACAACCUUGAAGAUGAAUCAACAAAUCUACGAUAUGUUUCAAUGUCUUGCUUAACUUUUCGACUUGGAUUAUGAAUAUUAUGCAAGCUGGUAUAAAUACCUUAUAUUGUAAACGGCUUAUGCAAUAACUUUAUACAUAUUUUUGUAUGACGCGAUUUCACCGUGAAAUGUGUCUUAUAUUUUAGUUAAAUACUCAAAUAAUAAAAACUUUUAGCAUAUAAAUUUCUGUUUU